ACUACUACACCUCUUGCACAAAUCCAUCUUCUGCACGGGCUUAACACUGAUCAUUUGUGCAAGGGUGAUUAGUUAGUAGCCGAUCGCUAGUGUUAUGGCGCCUAAGAUAGGCUCAGUUGUUGUGGCGAUUGUAGUGAGCCUUGCCAUGGUCUCGCUGGUCGCAGGGAGUUCAGGGACUGCGACUUUCUACACGCCUCCUUACACACCGUCGGCGUGCUUCGGGUUCCAGGAGCAGGGGACGAUGACCGCGGCGGCGAGCGACGUGUUCUGGAACGGCGGCGCGGCGUGCGGGAAGCGGCUGGCGGUGACCUGCACCGGCGCGACGAACCAGGGGGUGCCGCAGCCGUGCACCGGCCGGAGCGUCACCGUCAAGAUCGUCGACUACUGCCCCGCGGGGUGCCGUGGCACCAUCGACCUCUCGCAGGAGGCCUUCGCCGCCAUCGCCAACCCCGACGCCGGCAAGAUCCUCGUCGAAUACCACGAGGUCUAAGAUCAAAAUCAGGAUGGCUUGAAGGCAAGCGAACGUGUGUCCUUCUGGUCAUCAGUAGCAUAAGAUGGAUUUAAGGGAAGAAUAAAGGAUGCCUCGAUUCCACUGUGGUUGAGAAGAAACCAUACGUCUGAGACAUUAGAUUUAAAUUCAAGUAAUCUAGUUUUGGAGUAUUAGUGACUGUUUGGUACCGCUCCAACUCCUAAAUAUAACUUCAGGAGUUAAGUCUCCUAAAUAUAACUCCAGGAGUUAAGUCUGGAGUGGAGUUAUAGAGCUGCCUAAAUCCAGCUUCACAACUCUAGUACAUUUUGUAAUAGAGCUCCACCCAACUCCACUCCCAGUUUUAGUGGAGCUGAAACUGUUUGGCUGAACUCCAGGAGGAGCUGGAGCAGUGCCAAACAGACCCUUACUAAUCAAACACUUGUAAUACAGAAAAUGCUUGUACUAGUAUAUCAGGCAUUUAUUGGAAAUCCACAAUUAAUUUGUGAUUCACAAUGGAUGCCUCA